AUGAAGGGUUUCACGCCCAAGCGCGGCUGCUUCGUUGUCUUCGAGGGCAUCGACCGGUCGGGCAAGUCGACUCAGGCCCGCCUGGCAUACGAGCGCCUCGUGAAGGCGGGCUACCCGUCAGAGCUCCUCCGCUUUCCAGACCGCACAACGUCGAUCGGGAAGGUGCUCAACUCGUACUUGACGCAGGGGACUGAGCAUGACGACAAAGGCGUCUCAGAAAAAACCGUUGCUUCUCCUCAGCUGAUGCAUCUGCUCUUCGCCGCGAACCGCUGGGAGACGCAGGCGCGCCUGCUGCGGGCCCUGGGUGAGGGGAAGGUCGUCGUCGCCGAUCGCUACUCCUUCUCAGGCAUCGCGUACACGGUCGGUGCGGCUCCAGUCGUCGCGCAGGCGGCGGCGCGCGAGGCCGAGGCGAGGGCAGGAAAGUCGGGCGAGCCUGCGGAUGUCGCGGCUGCAUGCGCGCUGGUGACGGCCGCCACGGGUUCCCCGUUCGAUGGCGAGUUCUGCCGCGCGUCGGAGCAGGGCCUGCUCGCACCCGACGCCGUUUUCUACCUCGACAUCACCCCCGAGGAGGCGCAGAAGCGCGGCGGAUACGGGGACGAGCUGUAUGAGCAGCUGGCUGUGCAGGAGCGCGUCCACGGAGCGUACAAACAGUUCGAGGAUCUGCCUUACUGGAGGCGAAUCCCCGCUGGCGUCUCUCCCGAGGCCCUUCACGAAAAGAUCGCGGAAGAGCUAAAGUUGGUGAUUCAGCAAACGCAGCCAGACCAGCCCUUGAAAGCGAAAGGAGAUGCGGCCGGCAGCGACGGAAGGAAGCGGCUCUGGGAGAUGUAG